GCGGGAUCUGGCAACCUCAACCAGACAAGCCAUUUUUUCCGUAGAAGAAGAAGAAGAAGAACCAGGUGCUGCUAACUAGCAGCUAGCAAACUCCACGCUUGUAUAAAUGCUAGAAUAAUAAAUUUAAUGCAGUUUAUCCGCUUCUUCCUCCUGCUGUGAUUUCUCUCGGAGUGUUUUAUGUGCGUUGUGUAAUUAAAUCGAGCUACACAGACGCUGCAUUAGACGGGGAGGAGGGUUUAGCUUUAGCGCUUUAGCAUUGAGCUAGCAAUGGCGGGGGGCAGUAUCGCUCAGAAGACCUGGGAGCUGUCGAACAGCAUCCAAGAGGUUCAGAGCAUCGACGAGAUCUACAAAUAUGACAAGAAGCAGCAGCAGGAAAUCCUGGCAGCCAAACCGUGGACGAAAGACCAUCAUUACUUUAAAUACUGCAAGGUCUCCGCGCUGGCCUUGCUGAAGAUGGUGAUGCAUGCACGCUCUGGUGGGAACCUGGAAGUGAUGGGGCUCAUGCUGGGGAAGGUGGACGGAGAAACCAUGAUGAUCAUGGACAGCUUUGCCCUGCCUGUGGAAGGCACUGAGACCAGAGUGAACGCCCAGGCUGCUGCGUACGAGUACAUGGCUGCUUAUAUAGAGAAUGCCAAACAGGUGGGACGGUUGGAGAAUGCAAUCGGAUGGUACCACAGUCACCCCGGAUACGGCUGCUGGUUAUCAGGGAUCGAUGUCAGCACUCAGAUGCUCAAUCAACAGUUCCAGGAGCCCUUUGUGGCAGUGGUGAUCGAUCCUACACGUACCAUAUCUGCAGGAAAAGUCAAUCUUGGAGCUUUUAGAACAUAUCCAAAGGGCUAUAAACCUCCAGACGAGGGUCCAUCAGAGUACCAGACCAUACCUCUUAAUAAAAUUGAAGACUUUGGUGUGCACUGCAAACAGUACUAUGCACUAGAGGUGACUUAUUUUAAGUCCUCUCUGGAUCGUAAACUUCUUGAGCUCCUGUGGAAUAAAUACUGGGUAAACACACUGAGUUCAUCAAGUCUACUUACUAACGCAGACUACACAACGGGGCAGGUGUUCGAUCUGUCCGAGAAGCUGGAGCAGGCCGAGGCUCAGCUGGGACGAGGAAGCUUUAUGCUCGGCUUAGACACCCACGACAGGAAGUCUGAGGACAAAUUAGCCAAGGCCACACGAGACAGCUGCAAAACAACCAUUGAAGCAAUUCACGGAUUGAUGUCCCAAGUCAUCAAAGACAAGCUCUUCAAUCAAGUGAACACAUCCGCCAACUGAAAGUGACCCAACCUUAAAUAUGUGUAAUAUGGUGUAUUCUCAGCAAGGACUUUACAGGCUCUCUGAUCUGAACUUGUUAAUAGAUGAAUAAAUAUUGUUAAUGUG